GAGCGCGGAACUUCCGCUUGCGUCAGUGCAGGCGCGCGCCGCAGAGAUGGACACAAACAGAGCAGCGAAGCUGGAGUUUGCGGUGCAGAUGUCGUGCAGCAGCUGUGUGAACGAAGUGAAGGGCGUCCUGGAGAAAGAACCGGGAGUCGAGGCGGUGCACGUGGAUCUGUCUCAGGAGCAGGUUCUGGUGGAGACGGCGCUCAGCUCUCUUGAGGUUCAGGGUCUGAUUGAGAGCACAGGCAGACGGGCCGUACUGAAGGGGAUGGGCGGCUCAGAGACGGACCUGGGUGUUGCCGUGGCGAUGGUCGGCGGGGCGGGGCCGGUGCAGGGCGUGGUCAGGUUCCUGCAGCUGUCACCCGAGCGCUGUCUGAUCGACGGGACGAUCGACGGCCUGACGCCCGGAGCUCACGGCCUGCAUGUGCACGAGCUGGGCGACCUGACGCAGGACUGCACGAGCUGUGGAGAUCAUUUCAAUCCGUUCAGGAAACAGCAUGGAGCUCCGCAGGAUUCAGAGAGGCAUGUAGGAGAUCUGGGGAACAUUCGGGCUGGUCCUGACGGCAGAGCUUCCUUCCGGGUAGAAGACUCUGAGAUCAAGGUGUGGGAUGUGAUUGGUCGGUCUCUGGUGGUGGAUUCUGGGGAGGACGAUCUGGGCCGUGGGAAUCACCCGCUGUCCAAAAUAACAGGAAACUCUGGAGAGAGGCUGGCCUGUGGAAUCAUCGCCCGCUCCGCCGGCUUGUUUCAAAACCCCAAACAGAUCUGUGCCUGCGAUGGAGUGACGCUGUGGGAGGAGAGAGAGCGGCCCAUCGCUGGGAAAGGACGGAAAGCCGCUGACGCCCCGACCGCCCACCUGUGACCGGACCUUCCCGCGGACCAAUCAGAGCCAGUGGAUGUGCAGCCAAAUAUAUCUGUAAUCAUCGCAGCCGUCCUGUCAUGCUUCAUGUCUGAUUCGACUUUAAUUUCGAAUAUAAUAUUGUGCUAUGACUGAUAAAAAAAAAAGCUAAAACGUUUCUGGAAAGGGUCAUUUUUAAAUAAAGGAUAAUAUAGAAUAAAAAAAAUUUAUAAAUGCAAUAUUGUUAGUUAUUUACAAAGUGUUUGUGUUAUUAAAAAUAAUAAUAAUAAUGGCAAUGAUGAAAAAGCACUUAAUAUUUACACAAAAUAUUUUUUAUUAAUUACAUAUCAGCCAGACGUUAAUCAGAAUUUCUCGUUCUUAGAAACAAGCUCUUCAGCGGAAAUAUAAAGCGUCUUCAUUUAAAGCGUGUGAUUUAUUUUUUUUUGUAUGAUUUGUAAUGAUAGUUUUACAAAUAUUUUAUUAAAAACAAAAUAACAUCACCUGAA